AUGGACCAAGCACUCCGUGCAGCCAAGAAAAAGGAGUGGGUGAAAAUUCACAAGAACAGCAGGUACGCUUUCGCCACUACCCAUGGGGAACUCAGAACAGACAAAGGCUUUUCCGACGAAGCGCCAAUGUUUCCCCGAUUUGGACAACCAAAGGGCUUCGAGGGCUUCCAGGAGGAACAGUCCCCGGCUUUGCUCUCCGACCUUUCUGCCAUGGAGUCAGCACCUGACAGCAGCCCAGGGAGCUACAACCCUAGGAUUGUGGCUGUGAAGGAGAAGCCCCGGGGGCCAGAGGGCGGCCGAGGUGGCAACUGGGGCAGUUACAAUCCCCUGCAGUACCAGGUGGCACACUGCGGGCAGACGACCGUGCACCUGCCCCCAACCCUGACGGCACCGGGCCAGCCCCAGUGCGUCCCCGAGGCCCCCUUGGCCACCACCGUGCCCCCCAGCAGCCCCCUCGAGGCGCCCUCCUCGGCUAACCCCUCGCAGGAGGGCAAGAAGGCAGUGAACGACAGCCUGGAGUACCGGCUGCGGCGGGAGCGCAACAAUAUCGCCGUGUGCAAGACCAAGCGGCGCAUCCUGGAGAUACAGCAGUGCAUGGCUGAGAAUGAGCAGCUGCGCAGGCGCGUGGAGCAGCUUACGCAGGAGCUAAAUAUCCUGCACAGACUUGCUUUUGUGCUCAUAAAAAUCGGCUGCAAGGCACAGAGAUGUGUUUGUAAACCUGUGUCUGGCAGCGGAUUUGGUGGGCGCAUGGGGAGGCGGCCGGCUGCCGCCUAUCAGCUUAAACUCAAACUCGGAUUUUAA